CACUCUUCAAGGUCCUGUAUUCUAUUUUUUUUUGUUGAAGGGUGCAACUUUGUAUUGCCUCUCUAGUGCUGUACUUGUUACAUUAGCGAUAAAUAACGCCACCGCGGUGCCUACAGAUGAAGUCAAAGUUUCUGCAUACGCUAUCGUCAACACCUAUCAGGCACACGGGGAGGGCGGAAAACGCAACAUUACCCAGUAAAGCGUGGAGCACGAGCAGGGGUUCGUGGAAAUUCCCAGAAAUCAUGAACGUGGCCCAGGAACUCCUGCGGGUCUUCGUGCGUCGGCGCCCAGGUUGAUAAAUCUUCCUCUUGUAGUUCUCGGGCUUUCGUUCAGAGUGUCGAUCGAUGGCUCUGGUUUGUUACUCUACGUUUGAUGCGCACUACACGUCUUUGAUCUACAACUACGCAAUCAGGAGCGACGCCAAGGUUGUCCGAGAGGGACGGGGCGGAUGGGCGGACUUGUGUGCCGCGCCCGUGCAGCCUCUGCGUGGCCCAGGUCAGUAUUGCGUUUUCGCUUCUUGUCCUGGUGAUCUAAGCUUAGGGUGAAUAGAUUACGUUUUUUCGUUUCGCCAUGAUUACUCAUUAGAGCAGGAUUAGCACGCACAAUAAACUUAACAGCACCUCUGCCGCACGCAGUCCGACGGAGACCACUAUGCGCAGGGAAGUUUUCAAGCAGGACGACAUCCCCGUGGCCCAGGUUCUGUAUUUUUGCUCAUUGGACGACUAGAUCUAGACCGUGUUUUUACAGUCAUUCCCAGUCAAAACCGAGCAGCAUAUUUCAACCGACAAUUCGCCAGGACCGCCAUCAGCAGAGUCGAACCAGGGAGGGCAGGUGGCCCAGAUACCCAGGUACUGAGAUCAAUUUUUACUGUCUUUGCCUAGCAAAAGCAAUACUUCAGAAAACGAAAACGCGUAUUAGCACUCCCUCUGUAGGUAUCAAAAAACCUGUUUGUUUCCUACGCAAGUCAACAUGCGUCAUGCACAUGACGAUUGUGAGGUCGGUCUCUGCAUAAGCACACUUCGGUUAAUGCGAAAGACGAACUUUGAUCAAGUUUAGCAGAAUAACGAGAGAGUGUAGCUACACGACUACCUGUUUUCCUUGCAAGUUUCUUGCAAGUUUCCUUUCGCAUACACGCCAUUACGCAGUCCAUCGUUUUUCAACCAUUGCUGAGAAUGCAGUGCUUGUUACAGGACUUCGCUUUAUUCCUACUUGCCUCCAUGUCAAUUCUCUUCCUCCUCACACGUCCGACAUAGGCAACGAAGUUUACCUCGAUUACCCUAUUCUCUUUGUGUAGUAGGUUCUUUCUGACUUCGGAAAGUCACGAUUUCAAGCUUGUAGUGCACCUCUGUUCUACUUGAGUGUGACAGAAAGAAGAGACGAGAAUGAGACAAGCAGGUGGGUGGUUGCGCGUUGCCUUGCCGCACUCUGCACCAACCACGAAAUUCUCAGAUUCAUUUAUACGCGCAUUACUGUAAUUAUCAACACCAGGCCGCCACAAAAUAGACGCGCGACCACCAGCAAGCGUAGGUCACCAGAAGGGAGUUCGCCACCCCCGCUGGCGUGUUUUGAUAUACCAGAAAGAAAGUAAGAUAAGAUGCCGGCGCCCGCCGGUGAUGCGGCUACUGGAGGUGGACCAUCUCCUGCAUUUCCGGCACCAGGGGGCACAGGCACUUCGAAGCCGACCGAAGUGUCCUGGUCCGUGGCGACUCGGUUGACUGUGAUCACGGCCGCUAUGUGCAGCAACGUUUUGCUGAUGAACGUGACCCGGGGAGUGUUCACGGGGGACGACCACUUUCGGUAUCCGCUUUUUGUCACCUGCAUUCAUUUUCUCACCUCGUGGUUCUGCGCCUGGCUGUUCCUCCGGAUGCGUUGGCACAUACCGAAGCAGCUCAAGCAGCUACGAGGCGGGGGUGCGUCCCGAGCAGGAGCUGCUGCUGGUUCUUCUGGCCUUGUCACAACGUCGCAGGCGGCCACGGUGCUAGGAGGAGCGACAUGCACCACGGGAGGACCACGACCUACUGGAAGCGAUGAGGGCAACAUAAACGUUGCAGCGCCCAGCAGUGCAUCGGAGCAGGUCUAUCCAGCAGCAACAGCUGCGUUCUCGUCGGAAGACCCUGGCAUACCGGAUACGAUGGACAUUCUAGAGGAGGACGAGUCGCUUUUGAGCGACCUGAGUCGCACCGGCGGCUUCGGGAGUGGACUGGAGCUAGUUCACCUGGUUUCCGGGGGUGCUGGCAACAAUAAACUUUCUGACCAAAGUGGACAACCGCAAGGCGAACUACAACUAACGCAGGAGUUCAACAAUGCGAAGAUUACGAAUCCCGCGGCAGUGCAAGCGCCUGGUCCUAGUACGAGUGCUAUCGGUUCCUUCUCCUGGACGUUCCUCCGACGCCAGAAGCGGGAGCGCACGAUUCCCUUCGGGCUCACCCACCGGCAGCAGCUCCUCCUCAUCGGCCCGCUGUCGUUCUGCGGUGCGGCCAGCAUCGCGAGCAGUAAUACGGCUUUGCUGUUCUUGUUUCCGCACGUGCACGAGCUGUUGCAGCAGUUGUGCCCGGUCUUCAACCUUUUGCUGCAGCGCACCAGCAAGAACUACCACGUUUUCGUCUACUUGGCCUUGGUUCCGAUCAUCAUCGGCAGCAUGCUGUGUGUGAAGGGAAUCUCCCAGCAGUCGGACGAGGGCCUUGCCAGUGGGACGCAGCAGACCUCUGGUACCGCGGACCUCCACCUGCACCACCCAAACCGACCAGCCUCCUCGCCUGGCGGAGUCCUUGAUUUGUCAAAGGAGGCGGAGGAGGCCCAUGCGGCCAUGGACGUUGCGAUGGCAGAUGCCAGCGACGCAUCCGGGGAGGACCUGUUUGUUGCGACGAAAAUGUUAGGCGCAUCCGCACUUCUACCGCGCGGUAAUGAAAGCACGCUCUGCUUUGCGGUCAUGCGCACAAUCGGGGAGGUUCCGCUGCUCGGGUCGUAUUUCCUCGGAACUGGCACAGACUCAUCUCAGGUGGCACGGACUUUCUGCUCGUCGGCCGACCAAGUGAUGAUUUUUGACACGACCCAGCUUAGGGACCUGCUAGGGUUUUUGCUUUCCGUCGACAUGGUCGCCAUGCUGCAGAAGACGGCGAGUUCUACUUGGCGAGUUUUUGCCGCAAUGUCCUUCGAAGCGCGGUGCGGGGUUAUCCUGAGUAAAAACGUACCCACACCAGAGUCAGGAUGGGGAUUUUGCAACACAAACCUAGGAGUUUUGUGAGUCACGCAUGACAAGUUGCAGUCCGUAGUGUGGUGCAGGUUCGCAAGGCCAGCUGCGUCAGAAAUCCAUCUGCUCAUCCUGUUCACAGCAUCACAAAUUCCAAAACACGAUCAAAAAUGGCUCUCAUGCGGAUGCGCAUUACAAGUCUUCCUGUCUUUGCAAAUCUGCAUUACAACUCUGGUGUGGGUACGUUUUUCCUCAGGAUAGGGGUCGUCUUCUCCCUGCUCGCGUGCUUCUUCCGCGCGUUGAAGCUGGUGUAUCAACUGUAAAAAUGUCUGGGUCUGGAAGAUUCUGACACUUGUCAUGCACGUUUUGCAUGAGCCAUGAUGUCUGUGAUGCGUACCCUAGCAAUACAGAUUUUCUGAGGGCUUCUUGAUGCCUAUUCCGCAUGGCAAAUGCCUUCUCAGCGUAGGAAAAAUUGCUUUCCCGUUGGUACUCAUGCAAUACAGAUUUUUUUGGAAUCCAAAUGCAGCAUCACAAGUUGCAUUCUUCCAGACCCCGACAUUUUUACAUUUGAUAUGGUGACGCAAGAAAUGAUACUGUGCGGCGAAGAUGUAGGAGACACAGUAGAGCCUGCGAUAGCGGCGCAGCAACUUGUACAACCUGUAGGUGGAACUAGCAGCACAACAACCUCCACUGCACAGCCUCCGCCACACCCCGCUUCGCCGACGAAGAAGCAGUUGCAGUUGGCUACGAAGAUUCACGCCCUCGACCCGCCGAAGAAAACGUCCGUAGUGUCGAACUCUGUUGCGGUCGAGGGGACGGCCGGAACAAUCAUUACCGAAGGCAAUAGCUCAAGUUCACCAAAUUACAAACGUGGUACGGAAGUGGAGAACUACCAAAGUUCUGUCGUUUCCACCCGAGCAAGCGGACAGGGAGGUGCUACACUUACGCGCGCGACCACCACUUCUCCGAUCGAGUCUCUGACUCUGCCUUCAAAAGAAGCCGACCGGAUUCGGCGGCGGCGCAUGGCGCAGCUGAUUGCCCACAUCAAAUCGUUGGACUCGAUUUGCCUGCUGUACUACAGCAGCCCGGUGAACGCAUUUCUGCUGGGGGCGCUGUCCCUUCUGUGGGAGGGCGUAACUCCAUUCUGGCAAUUCUGCACUUUUUCCUUGCACGUCCGCACCUACGCAUUGAUCCUGGUGUCCGGCGUGAUAGCGGCGGCGUUCAACAUCUUCUCCUACCUCCAAGUGCAGAUGUUUGGCGCACUGACCAGUGCGCUAGUCGGGCAGGUGAAAGUGCCCUUUUCGCUCGGCAUCUCCGUCCUGGUUUUUUCCCGACCCUGUUCCCCGUCGCAGGUAAGCGGGAUUGCGCUUUCGGCCCUGGGCGGCAUGCUUUACUUCGCUGCAAAUCGCAUGACCAAGAAGAAAACUACGGUAUUAGCAGGCAGCCCGGGCGGGGACGAGAAUGAGAAAGUAGAUAGCACAAUGAAUGGCAACACACUCGGAAAAAAUAAGAUGAAGCGCGUGCAGCUCCUCGACACAACAAAUCCAAAGCAGAUGAAGGCCGAGGGCGAGACCGGGGAGAUCAGCCGCCAAAGUAGCGCUUUUGUCGCGCCCGUCCGUACGUGGAGCAAGUACUUCGAUCGCGACGGGUUUGUCGGCCAAGUUGUGGGUCAGCUGGAAGCGCAGUGCGUACGAGAUUCGCAGUUUGACCCUUCGAAGCAUGACUGA